CCCAAUUCUCUCGAUCCUGGUCCAUCACUCAUCAUCAACACAUUCCACUACCUGAAUAUACCAGACAACUAUCGAAUCGAACUUGCCAAUCUAUCAAAACACAAAACUUUCAACGCCUUACCGUCCCCACCAACUCUACCUCAUCUUUAAAAUGGAGCGUAUUACUAUCGCAGAACUUUUCACGUGCGGGCAUGUCGGAUUAAGCUCGGUAGUUCCUUCGUCUCGUUCUUCGCUCCUUUCUCGUAAGUUAUGGUCGCGCGUCCGUAGUGUCGCCGCCACGCAAGAUAUCUCAGACUCACAGCAGAUUGAACGAAAUGUGGCCUGUUCUAAGUGCCAAGACCAAGAGCGCCGGCGACAAGCCGAGAUAGAUCGACAAAAUCUGUUUUGUGAAAGCAAUUUCUGGAUAACCAUCCACAAAGCGCAUGAAGAGACUCAAGGAAAUACCUUUCCAGCUGACGAGUGUAGCGAUUGCGCACACCAGCGACAACUGUACUCUCUCCUCUGCGAAGGAACAGAUGGAACAGAGAGCUCGAACUCAGACUCGUUAUUUACCUCGCCCUCUGCCACUUCAAAAAUCAUAUCCGACCAGUCCUCCACGUCGUCGCUAAACUCAGAAGAAGGGAGACAGAUCGACGAAUUUUCGGGUAUGUCCUCGUAUUCCACCACACUAAGCGAAAGCUGGGAGUCAUUCCUGUCAGAUCCUCGGAAUGUACUCGUUCUCGAGCCAAGCUCUCCUCCACGACGCGUCGUUGACCCGGGAACUGUAGAAGGUCAAGCUGAGGUGUCCAACACUUCUUACCGGGGCCGUCAAAUCAUUGACCCCGGCACAGAAGAGGGGACUGAAAGACUCGAGAGGAUUCGCACUCAUUUCAAGAUCCCGGAAGGCGUCCCGCUUUCCGAGCUGCCAGAGCACAUUCCGACAGAGCGAGACAUCAUUAACCCUCUGUCUAUUGAUCUCACCCCCGAGAUGCUAGGCUUUCGAGCACUACUCCAAGAACAAGAGACUCUAGACGCAGAGUAUGUCGAGGAAGCCUCCAACUAUGACUUACCAGGUAGCCCUGAUAUCCAAGGCGAAGAAGAUGCGACCGAAACCAAUUCAAAUUCUGCAGACGAUGAUGCCAUAGAUGCUCUCUUCGAUGACAUCUACUCAUCAUAUGGUGGCAAAGAAGAAGAUUCAGCACCAGUAGAUACCCUGAGUCCAACCACUACUCUAGAGUCAACUGCUCUCGAGCCAGAUACUCUUGCAUCAGCAUCCACUUCACCCGAACUAGUUUCUGUGGAGGAAACCACCCCCGAGAGAAAUAUUGAAGAAUCGUCUACGACUCCCGAGCCUGUCGCUACUCUCGCAACUGCUCCUCUCAGACCCAUUACUCCUAUUAAACGAACUUCUACUGUCAAGCCAACCUCUACUCGCAAGCCGGCUAUUCCCAAACCAACUGCUGUGCCUAUUAGAAAACCAGCAGCUGUAAAGGCGGGUCCACCGAAAGCAGCUUGGAAAUAA